AUCAGUCGGCUUAGUGACGUGCUCGUGGCAAUAUUUUGUAAACAUCACAUCGCAGCAAAAUGGUUGUUCCCACGAUGCUGUCGUUGGUAUUUUCCUCAGUCGCGUGCGUGCUGAUAUUUUCUGGGAUGCAAAUCUACCGGCCUUUCCUCGCCUCCACGCAAGCCACCACUCUUCUGGGCGGAUUCGUCGGCUCGUGGCUCUUCAUUCUCUCCCUCACGGCGAUAUCCAAUCUGGAGACACUCCUGCUAGGCCGCGGCUUCCAGGCCAAGCUCUUUCCCGAAGUGGCCUUUUGCCUCGUGAGCGCGCUGAUCGCUUCCGGAAUGGUUCACCGGGUGUGCGCCACAACAUGUAUCAUCUUCUCCAUUCUGGCGCUCUACUAUGUCAACAGGAUUUCCCAGAAGGUGCAUAAUCACUCGGUCGUCAGCGCUGUUGAUGCUGCUGCACAUUCCAAAAAGAAGAAGAAGUAGGAUGAUGGCAAUUUAAAAAUGCAGGCAUUCGAAAGCACAGGAUUUGCAUAAUAAAUUUUCAAUCUGUGAACACGAGAGAUUAGUAGAAUUCAGGGGAAAUUGAGGGGGUUUUCCAGAGUUCCACUCAAUUCCAGUGACUCCUGCUGGAAUCGACUGGAAACCUCCCCAAGUUGGAGAAGUGUUCAACAAGUUCCUUCCAGAGGAGGAAAUUUCCAGUCUCAACUUUCGCUGUUUCUCUCGAUUUAACAUGAAUUAUUUGAUGCAGAAACGAUUGAAACUGAGUAACUCGGCAGGAUAUGAGAGCAGAAUAAAUAUUGAAAGCUUAUGUAAAUAUCUUCAGGUCAGAGCUUUCAAGUGUUUCAAGAGCCCGCUUUUAACCAUAGAAUUUAAU